UACAAAAAUGGAAAACGUCUUAUUGUUAAAUGCAAAAAUAAUAUGUAUAAUUAAUAUUUAGUUAUUUUAUCGCUUAUAUUUUACGCUGUAUCUUUAACACGUUAGUCGGAGUUUACAAGUUGAGUUUAUUGUAAGUCGAUUCUGGAACAAAGAACAGCUUUGCAAAAAGUGGGAGAAGUAAGGAUUCCGAGAAAGCAGAUGCUGUGCUAUUCGUAUUUUACCGUUAGCUUUCGAAGCGGUAAAAACUGUGCUGUAGUGCGGUCAGUUGAAUUUGUAAACAUUAGAGAAUAACACAGUUAUCAUGUCAGACGUGAAAUCUCUUGACGAACCUGGCCCUUCAAUUGAACGAGAAAAGGCAUUUGAACAAAAUCUGUGCGAAGACAAUAAAAAAUUAAAUUUAAAAAAUGCUAUUAUUUAUUACGAGCAACUUCUUGCACAAGAUGGCCUUAUCACUGAAGAAUCUUCUUCAACAAUUACUGAAGAAUCGAUACUACUGGCAGAAGAUCUUUAUCAUCAUACGUUACAAAAUUUAUUAGAAAAAAAAUUUAUAACAGAUGACGAACUAAUUAUGAGCGAUGAAAUCGACGUUGACAACGCUUUUGAAGAAGUUAAAGUAGAAGAAGAUGAAUCUGAUUACGAGCCAAAGGAAAAACAAUCAAAAAAACAGGAUUUUGUUCCGAUUAAUUAUAAAAUAAAAGUUAUCAAUAUUGCCAAAUCACAUCCGAAAUGGAGUUUGAAAAAUUUACAUAAAAAAGGAUGUUAUCAAUUAAAGCGCAUGGAUCAGUUGCCGAUAUGGGAACAACAUAUUAAAAGUGGUGGAACUAUUUUUGAUAAAUAUACAAUUAUCGAUUCAUGGACAUACGAUCGCUUUAUAGAAGCUCGGCAAAUUAAUCAACAAGUGACCACAAGGAACUUGCAGCAAUGGGCUUUAGCUGCUGCAAGUCAAUUUGAGGACUUUGAUUUUAAAGCUUCCAAUUCAUGGGUUGAGAAGUUCAAACGCAAACAUCGAAUUCGCCAACGAAAAAUAACAAGAUAUGUAUCUGAAAAAGAAAGUGCAACAAUAGAGGAAACCUUGGCUUCUGCAGAAAAUUUUCGCAUACAGGCUCGUCAUCUGAUAUUAAAUUUCAAUCCCAAUUUUGUUAUUAAUACAGAUCAAACAGGUAUUUUUAAAAAUUCUAUAAUUUUUCACAUUUUUUAUAUAGUAUAUAAAAUAUUUAUUAAAUACGAUAUGUUUCAUAAAUAUUUUUUAGGAUGUCAAUAUCAGUCUACUUUUAACAGAACUCUCGCAGAGCAAGGAUCAAAGCAAGUUUUUGUUCAAAGGCAAAACAUAAAUAAGACAACCCACUCUUACACAGCACAAUAUAGUAUUACUCUAGAUGGAAAAUUAUUACCCUUAGUAUUUGUGUGCUUACAAGAACCAACAGGUAUAUUUGGACCCAGAGUUCAAAAAUUGGUGGACGAAUACGUUGGAAAAUACAAUAAUGUCGUUGUCACAUCAUCGAAGUCAGGGAAACUAACAACAAAUUUAUAUAAACAUUUUUUAACUACAAUUAUAAAAUCUUACGUGAAACAGGAAAAAUUUCUCUUGCUUGUUGAUUCUUGGGGAGGGCAAACCAAGCCGGAAAUAUAUGAUGAAAUUUUUUUAAAUGAUGAGCAUUUGCCAACAUGUACUGUAAAAUUUAUUCCUCCGAAAUGUACCCCUUUAGUUCAACCUUGUGAUGUAUAUUUUUAUAGACAAGUUAAGAAUUUUAUAAAAAAACUUCAAAAUUGUGCGUAUUUAAUCGAACAAAAACGUGAAAUUAAUUCUCGAGAAGAUUGUAUUAAAAUUCAUUCUAUUGUACACCAUCAAUUGUCAUCUCCAAUCUUUUCAAACAUGAUUCAAUACGCAUGGUUUGCUUCAAAACUUUGUGAUAACAGAGAAAUUUUUAUGAAUGUAAAUGAAGUAUGUUUUUCCAUGGAAAAUUUAAAGAAACCUUGUAAUUGUAACAAAUCUGCAUUCAUACAGUGUGCUACGUGUCGUGAAACUUAUUGUUUCAUCUGCUUUUACGAUAAAUAUCAUUCUGGCUCAUGUAAUACUGACGAGUAAAAAGAUCAAAUGUAUUUAUUAUUAAUAUAUUUUAUACCAUACAUGAAUUAAUAACUCAUAAAAAUUAAACAACCAU